ACAUCCUUCCCAGCAACCAUGGAUGAAAAUACCUCCCUGCUCCUCCCCUUACACGGCGGCACUCAAGAUUCCGUGCACCGUUCCGUAAGCUUCAGAACCCAAAUUACAUCCAUUUUCACACUAAAGAACAUGUUUAUUUUGUUGGGUCCUCUGCUAUGUGCCGUUAUUUGUGUGUGUGUUAAGUUGGAAGGACCAUCUCCCACAAUCAGCAGGAAUAUGUUGGGGGUUCUUGCAUGGGUGUUCGCAUGGUGGCUCACAGAGGCCGUCCCCAUGCCCAUAACCUCCAUGUCCCCGUUGUUUCUUUUCCCGAUCUUCGGGAUCGCUGCAGCCGAUGAUGUCGCUUCAUCUUACAUGGAUGAUGUCAUCUCCCUCGUUCUUGGAAGCUUUAUUCUUGCUCUUGCCGUUGAGCAUUACAACAUUCAUAAAAGAUUAGCCCUCAAUAUAACAUUGUUGUUUUGUGGAGAUCCACUCCAACCAAAGCUCCUUCUUCUGGGAAUCUGUGCCACGACAGCGUUUGUAAGUAUGUGGAUGCAUAACGUGGCGGCGGCCGUCAUGAUGAUGCCGGUGGCAACGGGAAUCUUGCAGCGGCUGCCGACGGGGAGGGGAGAGUCGUCGGUGGUAAGUAAGUUUUGCAAAGCGGUGGUGCUUGGGGUGACAUACUCGGCGGCAAUCGGAGGAAUGAGUACACUAACAGGGACGGGCGUGAAUCUGAUAUUGGUGGGGAUGUGGAAGAGCUAUUUUCCGGCAGCCGAUCCGAUCAGUUUCAACACAUGGUUUUUCUUUGGGUUCCCGAUGGCGUUUUUGCUGUUCUUUGCUUUGUGGGGGAUCCUUUGUUUUCUGUAUUGCCCAAGAGGAUGCGGUGAUACUCUUUCAGCAUAUUUGGAUAAGACCCAUUUGAAAAGGGAGCUUGAUUUAUUAGGUCCGAUGGCUUUUGCUGAAAAGAUGGUGUUGGCCGUGUUUUCGAUGUUGAUCGUUUUGUGGAUGACAAGAAGCAUAACCGAUGAUAUACCUGGAUGGGGAGCCCUUUUCAAUGAUCGUGUUGGUGAUGGAACUGUUAGCGUGAUGAUGGCAACUUUACUCUUCAUAAUCCCUAACAAAAAACAAGGAGAAAAGCUAAUGGAUUGGAACAAAUGCAAGAAGCUGCCAUGGAACAUUGUGUUGCUUCUUGGAGCUGGUUUUGCAAUUGCAGAUGGCGUAAGAACAAGUGGUCUUGCUGACGUGUUAUCUAAAACCCUAGGGUUUUUGGGGAAGGCACCAUAUUUGGCCAUUGCUCCAAGUGUUUGUAUUAUAAGUGGAAUGAUUACGGAGUUCACAUCGAAUAAUGCCACCACGACUCUCUUGAUUCCGUUGUUGAUCCAGAUCGCGGAAACGAUUAAAGUCCACCCGCUACUUCUUAUGAUUCCAGGAGCCGUUGGAGCCCAAUUCGCGUUCUUGUUGCCAACUGGAACCCCUUCGAAUAUCGUAGGGUUCACGACUGGACAUAUCGAGAUCACAGAUAUGCUCAAGACGGGUGUACCGCUGAAAAUUGUGGGGACAAUUGUGUUAUCAGUUCUGAUGCCGACUCUUGGAGUGCUUGUUUUUGUGAAUACUAUGGAAUAUUGAACACGGAACCAGAGUCGUAUAACUUGAAACAUACCUACAAGGGGAUGGACGGUUGGUUUUGAGGACAACUUACAUGUACUGACUAAUCCUUUGGACGAUCACGAAUGAUCUAGAGUCAUCGUAAGUGGACCUCUGUUUUUUGAUUUGUUUGUUGGUAUAUAAUUUUGUUUUUGUGGUUGUUAGAUUCAUAUACAAAUAGUAGUAGUAGGAGAUUUUUGUAAUCUUGGUUUUUUGUUAUUUAAAUUAAUUGUUUAUUUCAUAACUAAGCUCAAAGUGAAAUAAUUAAAUUCCACGUUACUUUUGAUGGU